GAUCCGGUACGAGAACCAGCCGACUGUUAUAUGAUUGGAGAAAGAGGAAGAGAAUAUGCCUUUGGAGUCAAAGAAGAAGAUUCGCGUGACUCAUCAUCUCUCUAUCUCACUGUCAUCUUCCUCCCAGCUCUUCUCUCUGUUACAACAACUAUCAUCCGCGUUUUAUUUUGUUCCAGCAUCGUCAUCAAUCUCUCCGCGUAUAUACGAUCUCAAGAGAAGCAGCCAACAGCUGAAUCGAGCAGUAGCAACAGGCCUAGGCUAGACCAGCAAGUCGUUUUUGCUGGCUAGCUGAGAUUUUUGUGUUGUGAUCUUGAAUUUUUUUUCCACAUGAGCCCUCAAAGCGUAUCGAAGACGAGCAAAUCCCUUGAGGGUCUCCACGGGGUUCAUGUGGUGUCCCAUUCGCCUUUCGCAUUCGAGGGUAUCAGCCAAGUAUCUAGCUUUCAAUCCUCAGAUGCAGGAACAAAGCAGAGUCUAUUCAUUGAACGUGUCUGGCAACAAAGGCCACCAUGCCUGAGACCUAUCCACUGCUGCAUCCACGGUGAUCAGAGUCUCUUAGAAACAGCUGCUAAUGUCAUCACAUCGCUCCCUUUCAUUUUCCUCGGUAUGCAGACCCCAAGGAAAAACCUGAACAUGAAAGUGUAUGCAAACUCCUUAAUCGGAGUUGGAGUCGCUUCGAGUUUGUAUCAUUCUUCGAGAGGGAAGUUGAGGAAGUACCUAAGAUGGGCUGAUUACACAAUGAUAGCCACAGCCACAGUAUGUCUAUCAAGGGCUCUUAGGGAAGAGAAUCCAAAGUUCUUGAUGGCUGCAUCGGCUUUGGCUCUACCCUUCCAGCCUCUCGUGGUUUCAGCUGUUCACACCGGAAUGAUGGAGGUAGCAUUUGCGAAAAGAGCCUUAAAGGAUCCUGAUUUGAAAACUGCUCAUAACGUACACAAGAUGUCUACAUUGUUGGGCGGAGCUUUGUUCAUAGCUGACGAUCUUUUCCCUGAAACACCAUUCAUUCACGCCGGUUGGCAUCUCGCUGCAGCCAUUGGCGUUGGGACUUGCAAUAAGCUUCUUCAGUAGUUCCACAAUACCAAAUAUAUAUUGAGUAGUUGUGGAACUACUGCCACAUUCUUGGUUCAGAGAAACCACGGUUUCACUGAGCUCAUUAAUCAGCCGACAUAGCUAGUUACCUUUGUAGUGAUCUUAUCUUCAAUGUAUAUGUAUGGAAACCAAAACAAGUCGCUUGUAUUCUUUAGAGAGCCAGUACUUUUGUUUUCUUUCUUGGAUACAUUGAAAGUAGCUUGUAAUUUUUAGAGAACCAGUACAUUACAUGUGCGUCUCUGUCUUAGAUC